AUGGCGAACUCGACCAUGGACCAUGGAUCGCCUCCGCCAGCAUCUUCGGGCCGUCGCGGCAGCUCGUCCAGCAGGACGCCGCUGCAAUCGCCCCCGAGCCUCUUGGGCAGCAGCAGCAGCAAUAGCAGUGACAAGCGUCGCCGCGAUGUCGAACCCAGCGUGCCCCGGCGCCUGUACGUGACCUCCGACUCGCCCGACUUCGAUGCCGGCAUCCUCGCGCGACUCCACGCCGAGGGCUUCGACGUCGAGUAUCUGGCCUUCCCCGGGGAUGAUCGCAAGGAGCUCGAGAACCUCCUGCACGAGCGCGAGGACAACCUCGAGCCGGGCGAGCGAUACGCAGUUGUGGCAUACAACAAACCCGCGCAUCUCCUGCUCGAAUCGCACCACCAACCCUCCACCACCACCAACCCAUUCCCCCGUCUCUGCGCCCUCAUCGCUUACUACCCGGACUGCUGCUCAACCACCACCACCACCACCACCACCCCAACCACCUACCCCUCCUCCGUGCCGCUCCUCCCCAUCCAAAUCCACCUCGCCGGCACCGCCACCCACCCCGUCCCCUCCUCCUCCUCCUCCUCCUCCUCCUCCUCCGCCAUCCACCCCGAAAACGUCACCGCUGCCACAUCUUCUCCUACCCGGAAUCCCGGCCCCGCGCGGGUUCGGCUGGCCUGCGACGCCCGGUUGGCGCGCGUGUGAUGUCGAGGCUGUCUGGGAGGAGUAUUGGCGGUGUUUGUCGUCGGGGUUCUCUUCCUCGGUGGGGGUGGAUGGUGG